GUUCACUAAAUUAGUCUUAUAUAGCUUAAUUUAGAAGAAAAUUCUCGUCUACUUGUCAUAUCUCUCCUCUCAUCUUCAUCAAAAAUAAGGAAAAAAAAAAUAAACCCCUCCAUAUUUCUUCUUCUUCUUUUUUUUUUUUUUUGGUUUUUGGGAGUUGAAAGAUUUAGUGAUGACGAAGAUUAAUGUAGUGAAAAAAAGAGCUUCGAACUCAACGACGACGUUGAUUGGACUUAUGUUCAUUGUCUUGAUGAUUAUCGUGUUAGGACAAAAUCAAUUUUUCUUCAACUCGAGACCUCAUGAUUCUUUUAUUACUUCAUCUCCUCAUGCAAUCAAUCAUCAAAAUAACAAUGGAGUAGAAAAAUCUAGGUCAAUAAUCAACUGCAACAGGUCUCAUCAUUUUUAUGAUAUUUGCUCAAUCAAUGGACCAACAAUUUUUGACCCUAUUGAGUCAACAUUUUAUACCACCAAUAAUGAGACAAACAUUAUAGUUGAAAAAAUCAAGCCAUAUCCAAGAAAAUGGGAGAAUUUCACAAUGGGCCACAUCAGGGAAUUCACUCUUACUACAAGCCCAAUAGGCCCACCUUGCUUGAUCCACCAUGAAGCCCAAGCACUUGUAUUCAGUUUGGGAGGGUAUACUGGUAAUUUCUUCCAUGAUAUCAAUGAUGGGUUCAUUCCCCUUUUUAUUACUGUUAAUUCUUUGUUUCCUAAUCAAGAUUUCAUCUUGGUAAUCUCAAAAUUAGAAGAUUGGUGGGUACAUAAGUACAAGGAUUUGUUACAAAGUUUUAGUAAGUACCCCAUCAUUGAUAUUGACAAGGAGAUUAAUGUCACACAUUGUUUCCCUAGAGCCACCCUUGGCCUAAUGUCACAUGGUUUUAUGACCAUUGACCCAAAAUUAACACCUAGCUCAAAGACCCUCAUAAAUUUUCAUCAUUUUCUUGCUACCAUAUAUGGCACCGGUCAGUAUCAGCCUCAAUUUCAGUCUCAACAUGAUCAAUCUCAACUUCAGUCUCAACAUGGUCAGUUUCAGCCUCAACAUGAUCAGUCUCAGCUUCAGUCUCAACAUGAUCAGUUUCAGCAUCAGGUUCAACCUCAGUCUCAGCAUGAUCAGCUUCAAUCGCAGUCUCAGCUUCAUCCUCAGUCUCAACCUUUGUUUGAACAUCAACCUCAGCUUCGACCUCGACUUAUCUUAACAAGUCGUCACGACAGCAUAGGGCGUCUGAUCCUGAACCAGGACGAAGUAAGAUCUGUCGCGGAACAGAUAGGUUUCGAGGUAAUUCUAUUCAAACCAAGAAAAAACACAUCAUUGCAUGAAUCUUUUGGAUUGAUCCACUCAAGCCAUGCAAUGAUUGGAGUGCAUGGAGCAGCACUAACACAUGCAUUAUUUCUACGUCCUAAUUCAAUAUUCAUACAAAUUAUUCCAAUUGGAGCUGAAGGAGUAUCAGAUCUUUGUUUUGGAAAAUUAGCAAGGGGCAUGAAUUUGGUUUAUGAAGAAUACAAAAUAGGAGUUGAAGAAAGUAGCUUAAUGGAAAAAUUUGGAAAAGAAAAUAAUUUGGUGUUGAAAAAUCCAAAGGCUCUUCAUGGAAAAGUUUGGUCUCAAGAGAUUAUGGAUAUUUAUCUUAGAGAACAAAAUAUAAAUUUGAAUUUAAAUAGAUUUAGAAUAUAUUUAGAGAAAGCAUAUCAAAAAGCAAAAAUGUUUAUGGCUAUUAAUGGUUAGUAAAUAAAGGGCUGGUGAAUAUUGUGCUAUAUGUAUAUUUUUAUCUGGUUAACACUUCUUUUCCCUUUUUA